GUAAGACAGACUCUCAACCGAUCCUUCACUCCGCAUGAACUCGGGUUAGACAACUUUGCAUGCACCAAGAUAAGGGAGGGCGCCAUUGUAACAAGCACUAACCGGGAGGGACUCGAACGGCUACAAAGACUGCUAGAAACAAAAAAAGAAACAGCGGGGCAUUUCGAGACAAGAAUAGCGGAAAAACGACUUCCCCAGAUCUCGGUAACAGCAGUUGACCCGAACAUUGAGGAAGAGGAACUAAAAAUCAAAAUAAUCGAACAGAACAAGAUCGAGGGAAACAGUAAUGACAUCAAACUGAUGCGUACAUUUGAAAGAAGGGACCAAACAAAAACGCACAUCCUUGAGGUCACCCCAGAUAUCUACCAACAAAUCUACCACAUGGAAAAACUCCUCAUAGGGUGGACCUACUGCCCUAUGAGGGAGAACGUACACACUAACAGAUGUACAAUCUGCUGUAAGUACGGCCACACUAGCAAGAACUGCCGAGGCGUGGAGAGGUGUUCCGAGUGCGCGGGCCCCCACCACUACACACACUGCGACGGGGAACAGGACGCAGAGGGCUACAUCCUACCAAACAGGUGCCCCGCCUGCACUGAUAACAACGAAAAACUUCACACAAAGUACGAAACGAACCACUCUUUUUACGACCAGGGAUGCCCCCGAACAGGCCAAGGUGCGUGCCAGAACAAAAUAUAAUUAAACCCCAAAGUUGAGCCACCAAGAAUACGCACAACAAAAUGACACAAGAGACCGAAACCAACAGUGGUAAGAGGACGACAAGUCCCCAAACACCAGGAAUGAAAAACAAUCAGAAGGAAAGGGAAAAAAAGGAAAAGAACUCACUUAACAUAAUCCAAAUAAAUCUUAAUCACUCGUAUGCAGCGACAGAACAACUAAAAACCAACCUUCAAACUUUCGAAAAUGAUGUAACUUGUGUUCAAGAGCCCUACUAUAGCAAAAACAAAGU